AUGUCGGCGAAGUGUGUGUUAAAUCACAGGAUCGACCCGGAUCACGACAGCAAGGUUGUCGAGCUUUCCCAUCUCCCGAAAGUUGGCGAGAAGCUCAAGCACCUGUGCGAUCUCUACAAUGUCAAGCCGGAGCGCGACGAAUACGCCGAGAGUGUAAAGCUCAUCGAGCCGCAGCACCUCCUCAGCACCCUCCACGUGGUCGUCAACAACACCAUUGACUUCCCCGUCUGGCGUGCCAUGGUCAACAGGCACUUGUCGCUGCUGCACGAGGAGACGGCCGCGGUCAACGAGCUGUCUCAGCCCUGGCGCGACGCCACUAUGCACGUCAUCGACUUGAUCGAGAAGGGACCGUCAGAAGAGUACAACCUCACGAUCCUCUAUGAGGCACGCUACAUCCUGUACGCCAAGAACUGGACCCUUUUCCAGCGCCACAAGCUCAUCGAUGAGGCUAUGACCAAGCUCGAGGCGAUCGAAGAUCUGGGCUUCAAGAUCCAUGCCAUGAAGAAUGUGCAGUCCAUCCACUCGGACAUCAUGAAGAGAGAGAAGAAAAACUUCAAGGAUGCGUCGAGGGCGUACACUGCGGUCAUCGGCGAGGUGGUGCUGCAACCGAGCAGGUAAUUACAAAGCCAUGGGUCGAGAACUUUGUGUGGUGCUGAUUCGAGCGCGAGUGUGUACUCUGUUGCGUAUUGGCAAAAAACACGGGCGUCUAAGUGAAGAUGGGGGCGAACAAAGAGACCAGAGGCG